CAUGUAUAAGUCAUGCAUGCAUUCAUCACCUGUAGAGUAUAUAAAGUGCCUCUCUGUUGAUGAGAGGUCGUAUAAGGAAUCUGCUGAACUUACCUGUUCAUCAUGAUGAAGCUGCUUCUUUCUCUGACUCUCAUCUGGGCGCUCUCCAGCACAGCUGAAGCACUUGAGUGUGAAACUUGCACAAAUGCUGACUGUUCAACCACAGCAGCAGUUACAUGUGUAACAGAGACGAUGUGUAUCACAGCUUCCAUUCAAGCCGUUUCAUCUGGGACUACUGGACAGCAAAUCUACAAGGCCUGUGCACCCCCCUCCCUGUGUCCAUCCACAGGCUCUCAGACAUUUUCAGUAAACUUGGGUGUUUCGAGUUCACUUGCAAGUGCUACAUGCUGCAGCACAGACAACUGCAACUCCGUCACUCUGCCUUACCCUGUGGUUCCAGCAGAUAACAGUCUACUGUGUCACGUUUGUAACCCCAUCACCUCUGAUUGCAGCCUUUCAAUACAAUGUAAGGGAACAGAGGAUCGCUGCUUUCAAGCCAGUGUGACAAAUGGGGCCGGCACCUCUCCAGCCUUUGGCUGUGCAUCUUUAAAUCUGUGUGCAGCUGCUACCAUCCUGGGGACACUGCCUUUCAUGCAAGAUGUUGGUACCAUUACCAGUGGACCAGCCUGUUGUGGGACUAGUUUGUGUAACACUCUCACUACAACAACAACAACCACGACCCCAACGACAACAACCACUACCCCAACUACAACAACCACUACCCCAACUACAACAACCACUACCCCAACUACAACAACCACAGGUGAAGCACUUGUGUGUGAAACUUGCACAAAUGCUGACUGUUCAACCACAGCAGCAGUUACAUGUCCCACAGGCACGAUGUGUAUCACAGCUUCCAUUCAAGCCGUUUCAUCUGGGACUACUGGACAGCAAAUCUACAAGGCCUGUGCACCCCCCUCCCUGUGUCCAUCCACAGGCUCUCAGACAUUUUCAGUAAACUUUGGUGUUUCGAGUUCACUUGCAAGUGCUACAUGCUGCAGCACAGACAACUGCAACUCCGUCACUCUGCCUUACCUGUGGUUCCAGCAGAUAACAGUCUACUAUGUUAUUUUGUGACCCCAUCACCUUUGAUUGCAGCCUUCCAAUACAAUGUAAGGGAACAGAGGAUCGCUGCUUUCAAGCCAGUG